AUCGUAUUUCGAGUACGCCGAUUCGCUUCCUUCUUUCUAGUCUAUGUCAACUUCAUGACAAUCUUUCAAGAUCAAAAUUUAAAGUAAAAAAUGUCCUAUGAAACGUCCCCAAUCUUGCAAAUCUUGCAAAAAAUGUCCAUCGUGUCUUUCCUCCAUCAGUUACUCUUCCAGUAGUAAGCAGUCUGGUUCAUUAAAUUCAACAGUUGCUUCAGGGAGUAGCGAUGGCCGUUAUUCGUGUUUAAAAAAUAAAAACGAAAAACCCAGUACCUCGAAAUCUAAACAAAAAAUUAAUUCUGACCGAAAUUCACAAGCUAAAGAUGUUAAGAAAACUGAAAGGCAGCUAAGGAAUGGUUCUCAGCGACGCAAUAUCUCUCAGCCAAGCAAUACAUCUCAGCCAAGCAAUGCAUCUCAGCCAGGCAAUAUAUCGUUUUGCUUUGAUCCUACUAAAGGAAAUAGACUUACACCCUGUCUCAAAAGAUUUAAAGAAUGUCCUGGCUCGUGUCUAAAGUUUAAGAAACUAGCUACCACAGCAACUCAGUGUUCUUGUAUUUGCGAAACAAAAAGUGUAGAAGCCGUUAGUAAAGUGGCCGAAGCUAAGAUAUCUGCUUUGUGUACAGCUCGUACUGACAAAUCGACAGUUUACGAUGUAAAAGAAUGUAAAAAUAAAUCGUGUGGAGGAAAAAGACCAGUACCUUCUUAUUGUUUACCUCUCAGAAGAUGCGUACCGAAACGAGAAGAAAGUUGUAUGAAAUUACUACCUUGUAAGCCGAGAGUUUGUAAACCAAGGAGCCCUUGCUGGACUUUUCCAUCUUGUCCUUCGAAAAAUCCUUGUGGAUCAAUACCUCCUUGUACUUAUUGUUCUUGUAGACCUUCGUCAUGUUGUACGAUGGAACCUUGCUAUCCAUGUCCCUUAAAAGUACCUUGUAAUGCAGUCAUACCACCGUGUACUUUAAAGAAAAAAUGUGAACCAAAACCUUGUUUUCCAGAAACAAAAGUAAAGAAAAAAAGAGUUAAAAAUAAUUGUAAUGUUAAACCCCAAACUAAUUAUCAAUACAUUGAUAUAGACGUUAAUCAAAAAAAAUAUAAAACAUGUAAUACCCCUUGUACUUCUAAAUUAAAAGCAACACGAUGUAGAUGUUGUGGAAAAUUUAAAGUUCACAAAUCAUGUGAAAACCCUACUCCAUAUUGUUAUUCCAUCAAAAAGCCCGAUUGUUCAUUAGACAUUGAAACAUAUACCACUUCUAAUACAUGUUCGGGUUGUUGUCCAAAGUUCACAUUUGGCAUGCCAGAUAUAAAAAUCGGUAAGAAUCCUACGUCGAAUUUGGAUCAGAUAAACGAAGGUAUGUACAAAGAAGAAACUUCAAUUGGUGAACCUGGAACCUGGUCACAUAUAGAAGAUGUAACUAAGCAGUUAAUUGAAGUUGAGAAAGAAGAUUUCAAUGAAUUUAUUGAUAAAGUGCAUUUAUACUUGAUGCUUGACGUAAUCUGA